GCUUGAAUGCGAAAGAGGCAUUUCCAAAAGCGUGGCGAAUGAUUUGCAAACUUGAAAAACGGCUCUAAAACAUCCAAGAUGUAAAUAAACAAGAUUUGUUCGAUGGCAUGGAGGAGAAAAAGGAAUCAGUAGCUGCUUGCGAUACUUUAAACAUCGAUUCUGGAAGAAGUGUCGCCAAAAAGAAAAGAAAACAUGUUCAUGACGCAGAUACAAAAGUUCGUACUCCAACCCAAUCUCCGUCCAAGCGAAGAUUGAUAGAUAAUUCGAAAACAGGCUGUAAAAGUCCCAAGAAAAGGAAGACUGCACAUGAUGAUAACGCGGAAGAGCAAUUAGCCGAUGAUGACGAUUGGAAAAUUUGCAAAACAGAAGAAGAAGAAAGAGAAGAUGCUCUGACAGAUGUUGCUAAUGAGCUAGCUGAAAAGAUUGAUGCCAAGAAAAUAAGUUUGUCUGCAGCAAAUGUUAAAAGCAUAUUGCAUCAUCUUCUGACUGACAAACUACUUGUUGAAUUUACACAAAGAGUUGCACUGGAUGCUUCUGAUAAUGAUAUACAAGCCUCAAAUGAACUUGGCCUUGAGACAAGAAUUACACGAUCAAUAUGGAGAAAGGGAAAGACAGGUGACUCUAAGUUGCAGCCAAAGUUUUUUGAAACUGAUCUUGCAGAAGAUUCAGAAGAUGAAGAAUACCACCCAGAAAAAGAGAACUCUAUGGCUCCAAGUGAUGAUGAAAGUGUUACAACAAACUUUAGUGAUCAACCAUCGCCUUUUUUACCACGGACACCUGAUUCAGUGACUGCUUCACAUAAGGAGAAAGAAUCACUUGAAGUUAUUGAAGAAGGCGUAAGUCAAGACAGAACUUUUAAAGUGCCUGCCACCCCACCAUCUGCAAGUAAACAGAAGCAUGAUGGUGACUUUGACAAGGAAACCAUCGCAUAUAGGACAAGGUCAAAGAUUUCGAUGAGAGAACUUUCUUUAGAUGCCUUGACAGAAACCUUAACCCCUCCAGACUAUGAUCCUGCGCUUUACGACUUUCGGAAGCCAGAAGAGUUGGACCCGGAUGACCUUGAGUGGCAGAGUUGGCUCAGCAAUCUCUUUAGGCAGGAUGAACUUGACGAGUCAAUGGAAGAAAAUGAUGAGGACUUUAAUUUCAUGGCAACUGAAGAAGAAUUUGACAAAGAAGAAUUUAGAACUGACAAAGGAGUUCGGAUUACACACAAAGAAUUGGAAGGCUUACUAGAUGGAAUACUCGAUGACUUUGGUGACAAUAUAAAAGAUCAAAGCACCAUACUAAAAUUUGUCAUCCCCAAGGUCUCUUUGACGGCAGAACAGAAACUGCAAUUAAUUGCUCAGUUGCAACAGCACGUACAGCUCUUGACACAGUCCUACAUCCUGAGCUACAAAGACGAACUAUUGGUAAAAGAAAACAACGAAAGCAAAGAGCUGCUGCAAGAGCUUGCACGUUUCAAAGAUGCGGUAGAUGGCGAUGAGAAUUUGAGAAACAAUUCAGCAUACUGUAUGCCUGGGCUUCCUGGUGCUAUAAGGAUAAUUAAUACCAUUGAAGAGCAGUCUGAGCUUGAGAAAAUACUAGCCGAGAAGAAUGCCAUGCCAAUUUAUAGAGAAGCAUUUGAGCCAAGGCGUGGCAAGAGAAUAGUAGUGGACAUCCCCCCUAAAAUAGCCCUGAAGAUAUUCUCAGAGCCUUUUUUCUUGACAUAUCCAGAGCUGCUCCCGCACCAAGGCAUAUUGGCUACGGAGAGACUACAAGAAUUGUCCAAAGAAAAUGCUAGGUUAAAAUUUUUUAGAUGCGAGGAUAAUCUCUUAGCAAUGGGUCUGGCUCAGUUUGGCAAGAAUUACGAUAUGAUCGCGAAACAUUUAUUACCAAUUGCGACACCGAAGCAGCUGUAUACUAGGGCAAAGAAUCUGGUGUCAAAACGUGAAGAUGAUAACAAUCCAGUCAAAGUAUUAAGAAGGACAAAUUGUCUACCACCGUUGAUGACCAGUAUUUGCAUCAAUAUCCCUCGAUGUACACCAGCCAAAUCAUUAAAGGAUUCUUAUCACGACGUUUCAAAAAGAUCUAAGCUACCUCUCUGGGUUGAUAAAAUCCAUGGGUUAUUAAACCGAUUGGAAUCAGGCAGCUCGCCAAGGGUCCGAACACCUCAUCGAAAGCCUGCUCCUGUUUACCCAACGAAAUUUCGUCCAAUCGCUGCGAAUUGCAUCAUCAAGCAAUUGCCUCCAUUAAUACUGCAUAUCCCCCCGCCACCAGUUGUUAAGAAAAAACCGUCAAAAGCAACAAAAAUUAAAACAGUGUCCAAAGCCAUACAGACUGAGUUAGAGAGUGUGGAACCUAGUCAACCCGCACAUGAUGUUCCCAGCCUUGAAUCUUUAAAAGACGUGACCAAUCAAGGUGAAGGAGUCCCUCUCGAUUACAAAGUAUCUCAUGAUGUAGGAAUCUCUUGUGAACUUCAACAGGAACAGAAUAACGUAGGGCCGGAUACCGAGGAGAAGAUUUUCCUUAACGAAAGCACCUCUCCGGCUCACCAAGUCAGUUCAGGAAAAUUGAUCUGCCCUAUAAGUGAACCUGUAGGGCUAGGUACCACCAAUCAGCUGCAAUCUGAGGACCUUGGAAUUAGGCCGGAAUUUUCAGGUGAAAAAGUGCUGCCUUCGAUCGGAGUAGACCGAGCGAAAACUGAUGGGGAUUACCUGGCUGACAAGGUGAGCGAUAAUGACGAGGAACCGAAAUUAGGCGAAACGACCGAACCGGUCAUUAAUGCCGAGCUUGAGUUUUGCCUUGAUAACGAUAUAGGAUCGAGUCCUAUACAGAGUAAUUUAGAAUCAGGAAAUUGUUCUUUCGAUGAUGAUACUGAGGACUAUGAAGACAGUCGAAAUGAUGGUGCGUUGUCCAGGAAAGAAGGCCACGAUACUGAAGAAUAUGUUGAUGUUUGUGAUGGCAUCCAAGCUGAGAAUGGAAGUGGCAAAGGAACGACUUGUAAUGAAGAGAUUUUAGCGGAACAAACGAAAGACGUUGGGAAUGCAGAUGAAAAAAGUCUUGGGGAUAAAGACUCUCCAAAGGAUAAGAGCAGUUCAAGGGCAACUGCUAACACACGAAGAAAGAAGAUUGAGAAGAACGAAAACUUCAAUUGGAAUGAGAAGCUUCAAGAAAAAGCAUCUAAAUUUGCAGAUCUUUAUUUUGAAAAAGUCAAGGAAACUUUAUCUGAAAAACAAGAGCUAUACUGCGACUUCCUUCGACUCAUUGAUGAGGCUGGUCGCCAGAAACUGGACAGAGUUGAGGUAUACCGGAAAUUGUCCGAUUUAUUACAUGAUUACCCAGAGCUAGUCGAAAUGUUUGUUGGUUUCUUGGAACCAUCGCAAGCAAGGGACGUAGGCAAGUUUAAGACCUGGCUUGAAUUCGAUAAAGCACGCAACUUCCUCCUUAGCUGUGAGGCCUUUUUUCUGAAAACAAAACAUUACCAUCAGCUUCUGAGAAAGAAGAUCCGACUUCAUGAAAACGAGAAUGACUCAAGAAAGCUGUUUGAGGCUUUGAAAUCCCAUUUUCGAGGAAAUAACGAGCUUCUUACAGAACUGAGCACCAUGUUACCAGACCUGUCUCCUCCACGAAGCCGUUCUGAAGAUUUUGAAGUCAUUCAUUUUCGGCCGGAUCAAAAUGGAUUUGAUCACGUAGACGAAUUCGAAGAAAUCAAACUGAAGCCAAGUGACUACCUUGAUUUUGAAGACUUGCAACAGAAAAAGAAGAAUAUACUAGACGAUUUUGCCGCUUGGUUGCAAAAGCCCGCGUUAAACGCCCUCGAAAUCCGAGCGGAGAAGCAUGAUAGUCGCAAGAGUGAUUUAUCAACUGCCGCGCGCAAUGAUGCGGGCGUUAUGCCAGAAAAUGAGACAACUAGCAUAGGAGUUGGCACGGUACAAAAGGGUUCUUUAGAUUCAAAGAACGUAUUGGUACAGGAAAAACUUGAAGUUGUAACAGUGACGCAAUUUUCAGAUAAUAGUGGCGCUGUUGCAAAAAGGAGACCGUCAUUGAGUGCUCCACAACAAACAAGUCGCCAGAUUUCAUCUGUAAAUAGUAAAACCGUGAAUGAAAACCAUAUUGAAAGCAACAUUAACGACGAACAGACGGGAAACGAAGCAAUUUCAAACCUUGGCCUUAGAAAUACACCAGGAACUGAUUCUAAAGUUCCGCUUACUCCUGUCGCCAGCACUUCCGAAAUCUUUAAGAGUCCCGCUCAUGUUGGCCCAGGUAGUAUUGAGCCAAAAACAAAUGAAUCUGUGCUGCUCGGGGGGUCAAGCCCAAUGGGAACCAGACUGACCACAUUUAGGGUAAACGUGCAUGGUUGCAGCCCUAGUACGGGUUUUCAGCGUAUAGGACCAAGGCAAGAACCCCCUGAAGUUAGCAACGUAAGAGAGAAUGUGUGUUUGGAUUCAGAAAUACAAACUCACGCAACCUCUUCACCAGCUUCUCCGCACUACGUAGGAGACAACGGCGGAGACAUAGAUGUAAAUGUUGACAACGAUUGCGAUAGCCAACAAAUUGAGUCAGGGUCCAGCUCUGAAGACAAGGGGAAAGAUUCUGAAUGCGUUCCUGCCGAUGACGUGGUUUAUGAUGAUAAAGGAAAUGUUAUUUAUCAAUGGACAAGAGACGACGAUCGACUGAUUUUAGUUACGUGUCAAAUAAAUGGGGCCAAAGACUCAACUUUCGUUAAAAUUUCAGAAAUGUUGCCUGGAAGAACAAAAAAAGAGAUUCAGGAACGGUUUCUGAAGUUGAUGGAGUUGCUCUCAACUGCUGCUAAAAACUGAUUGUUGCCCGAGUGAAGAUUUGUAUAUAUUUUGAGCUCUAAAUCUAAAUCUAUAUAUUUUAGCAAAUUUUAGAAUUUUUCUAACUUUUCAGUCAACCUGCAGUAUUAAAGUAAUUGGUUGCUUACUCCAUUUGUAAUAUAAUCUGUCAUUUUAUUUUUUCCCAAUGUCUCCUGAGUCAUCUUGAAGUUUUUUUUUCUAAAAUGUCGUUCACUGUUGAGAUUUUUAUACUCUCAAGCUUUGCGUUUUUCUUUCUUCUGUUUGUUCAUGUAUACUAAUUUUAUGUCUACUAAAAGAAGACAUUAUUGGGUAUACCCUUGCUAGUUGUAGAAUAAAAAGAUCAGUAGCCCUGUAGAAAAGUGUCGUUAUUUGUAUAUAACUUACGAUUCAGCCUCUUACAGCAAAGUAACCCUACUAGCCGGGGAAUGGAGCAUGUUUCUCUGUAAAUAUUUUCAAGUCACACACAACGCACUGAUAUUGUAAAUAAGCAUGUGCUCUUAUUCCCUGUGAGACCUUUUUCAUACAACAGAGGAUAUCUAUCCAAUGUGGAAAAUGAUGAAGCUCCUCACCGAUCACUCCGACAACCAAUUAUCUUUAUUUUUCGAAGCCAGCCUCGUUGCCCUGAUUUUUACUCCCCUCCCCCCGCCCCACCUUGUACAUAACACCUUGUAGAAAGAAUUCAUAUCAAGGAAAUCAUUAUCCCCUUGAUUUCACCCUCUGUAGCCCAUCUUUACCAUGUAACUGUUAAUCUGUUCUUUCCUUCGUUAAUCAUCUAUUUCCCAUUGGCCCUUUAACAGUCAAAAAUUACGCAUUGUAGCAACAUGUUCUCCCCUUACCAAAUUGGGGACUUUUAUCUCCCCUAUGUAAUCAUCAGUUACCGUCUCAUUGUUUUUUAUGUACCCCUCUGUAACCAGCUUCUUCUUUCUUAUUAUCUAUCCUCAGCUCUAUUGAUGAAACCCUUUGUAAUUUGUUUCUAACUGCUAUACUUGUGUUUUCAAAUCGGUUAUUGC